GCGUCGACUCUCGAAGGCGUUGGGGCGAGGGCGGCUGGCUUGCGGGGGAGGCCGGCGGGUUGUUCUGGGUCGUCGGGUGUGGAAGCCUCCGGGCGGGCAGCCUUGCCCUCCCAGGACACCGCUGUUCUCCAAGAAAGAAGCCAGGAAGAGACAGUGGAAAUGACAGUUGAAGUAGUGAAAGCCAUACCCCAGGACUUGGUGUCAUUCAAGGAUGUGGCAAUAGACUUUUCCCAGGAGGAAUGGGAAUGGCUGAGCCCUGCUCAGAGAAGACUGUACAGGAGGAUGAUGAUGGAGAACUAUCAGAACCUGCUGUCUCUGGGACUUUGUACCUCUAAGCCAUAUGUCAUCUCCUUAUUGGAACAAGGGAAGGAGCCUUGGGGGAUGAAGAGUGAGGUGAGAAACCCAUUCUCAGAUUGGGACUCUGUCUGUGAGACACAGGAUUUCCCUCGGAAGCAAUUUGUGUGUGAUGAUGUGUUAGUGGAGAGAAGUACGAGCUGUGGACUUGAGUGUCCCACUUUUGGAGGAAAUCAGAAAUGUGAAGAUCUUUUCAAGAGGCAGUUGGUAAGCCAAGAGACAGUUACUAGGCAAGAAGCAAUCACUCAUAAACAAACCCUCACUGUGGAAACAGACCACAAAUGUAACAACUCUUGGAAGCUUGUCCCUCUAGACAAUGUAGAAGAGAAUGUUUAUAAUCACAACUCAGAUAAAAAAAGGUUUUCCAAAAAUUCCAUGGUAGUAAAACACAAGAAAGUCUCUGCAGGAAAGAAGCUUUUUAAAUGUAAUGACUGUGGGAAAACCUUCACCCAGAAGUCAUCCCUCACUCUCCAUCAGAGAAUUCAUACUGGGGAGAAACCAUACAGGUGUCAGGAAUGUGGGAAAGCCUUCACCCAGAGUCCACACCUUGCCCAGCACCGCCAAAUGCAUACUGGAGAGAGACUCUUUGAAUGCAAGGAAUGCAAGAAAUCCUUCAUCCUCAACAUACACCUUACUCAACAUCAGAGAAUUCACACUGGAGAAAAACCAUACAAAUGUAAGGAGUGUAGAAAAGCCUUCACCCAGCUUGCACACCUUACUCAGCACCAGAGAACCCAUACUAGGGAGAAGCCCUACAAAUGUAAGGAAUGUGGGAAGUUCUGCAGUACUGGCUCAUCCUUUGCCCAACAUCAGAGAUGUCACAGCCACAAGAAGCCCUGUGAAUAUGCUGAUUGUGGGAAGGCCCUCAGGGAUAGCAUCCGACUUGCUCAGCACAGAAUUCACACUGGAGAGAAAUUCUGCAGUCGUGACAAGUGUGGAAAAAUCUUCUGCUACAGCUCACCCCUGACUGCCUAUCAGAGAAUUCAGACAGGAGAGAAACUGUGCAGCCGUGAUGUUGGUCAAAAAGCCUUCAGCCGUCGCAGGUUACUCACUCAGCAUCAAAGAAUGCGUUCUAGAGAGAAGCCCUACAAAUGCAGGGAAUGUGGGAAAGCCUUCAGGAAGAGUGUGCAUCUGAGGAUUCAUAAUGGUGAGAAACCCUACGAAUGUAGUGUGUGUGGUAAAGCCUUUAGCCAGCAGAAUUACCUUACUGUCCAUCAGAGAAUUCAUUCUGGAGAAAAGCCGUAUGAAUGUAAGGAAUGUGGGAAACCCUUCAGGCAGUCGGCACACCUUGCUCAACACAGGCGGAUCCACACAGGAGAGAGACCAUAUGAAUGUGAGGAAUGUGGGAAUGUCUUCAGACAAAGUGGACAACUUACUCAACAUCGGAAAGUCCAUGCUGCACGGUCAUCGCAGGCCCCCAGCUCUUCCUCACUCCGUCUGUUGCUGAGUCCUGUGGCUACAGCUGCUGACGGGUUUGGGAAUUCAUCCAUGUUUUUCACUUCCCACUGCCCUUGUCCAGAACACAGUCAUUUCACCCGGACUGUUCCAGGUGUCUAAAAACUGGUCUUUCUGCAUCUCUUUUGCCCCUUCAAGGUCAUUCUUCACACCACUGCCACAGGAGUCUUUUCAAAAUGUAAAUGUAAUCAAAUGAUGCUUAAACCCUUGCUGUGAAAUUUUAAAUUACUUGAUGCCUUGAGUAAAUUUUAAAUUACUGAGUACAGAGUGCUCAGCAUAGUGCCUUAAGUGCUCCAUACAUGUUAGCUCAGUAUCCUUCUGAGUCUGCUUGAAAAUCAGCUUUAAACCAUGAACUCUGGAAGGCAGUAUAGCUACCAGGAGAUCAUAACAGUUUUGGAGACAGAAAUUUUUUCUUAACGUGAAUGACGGGCAUUAGAAUGUAUGGUAUGUUUCGAGCUUGAUAUCAUCAUAAAACAUAACGGCUUUCUCCUGACUCAGGUGUGUUCCUUUGCUGGUGAGAAAAUUCAGCAUGACCCAUGACCUGAUAACCUAGAAAAUGUUUUAGGUAGUGUCUAGAGCUCUGGAUAAGACUGGAACAGAAGAAUUAGAAUUUACUGAGAAGAAGGUAAGACUAUAUUUACUCAAGGCAAGAAAUUAAAAUUUCUAAUGUUUAAAGUGGAAGGAGCAGAGAACUUGAAUAGUCUAGCCCUCUUCUAAGACACCUGGGUUCACAGAUUAAUUAUGAACCUUUAAGGAACCAUCAUUCAGCUGUUGAAGAGGAUCGAAAAAAAUAUAAUGGAAUAUUUUGAAGUAUUUGUAAUACUUCUUUCAUGAGGCUAGUUCAACUCUGAUAUCAAACCGAGAAAAAAACGAAAUUACAGAUGAAUUUACUCUAUAUGGUUAUAUAUAGGAAGGAAAUUACUAACCUAUUGAAGGAGAACAGAGGUUCUGAGUAACUGGAGAUCAUUACACGUUUUGAGAUGGAAGUUUCAGUGUUGUAAAAAUGUCUCUACAUUCCAUCAGUUCCAGUCACAGUCCUGUAGAAUAUUUUCACGUUGACGCUUUUGUUCUGGAAAUCAUAUAGAACGGCAAAUAGGCGAGCAUCACAAGGAAAUUUUUGGAAAAAAAUCAUUUACCUGUGAAUUUAGUUUAUUGCAAAAAUAGUAUUCUGGACUUGUCAUUGGGAGAGGUGGAUUCUUUAAAUGAUGUUUGACAAUUAGUAAUCCGAUUGGAAAUAAAGUCAGAUCCACAUUCCACCCCUUAACAGAGAAGUUUAUUCAACAUGGAUUAAAUGCGGUGCCAACUGGUACCUGCUGAGGCCCUGCAUCUCCCCCAGACUUCCAGCCCUUUGGCUGCUCCUCUUUGGAAGACAAAGCACAUCUUCUCCUGACAUGUGUUUGCCUUAGCAGAAUUAAUAGCCCUGGGAAAUGACUACCUCACCCAAGCUCAGGCUGGCUUGUGUCAGCCAUGUCUCCAUCUUACUGGAGUCGUAAGUCCACUGUCCUCCCGUGUACCAAAGCCCCUACCUCACCUGUAAGCAAACACCUGUUUCCCUUUCCUUUUGUGUUCACAGCCCCUUCCCCAAUAAAAGACACUGCACACUCAACCCAGCACCCACACAGCCACCUCCCAUCUGCGUGGCCCACUGUUGCCUGUGGCAGCACAUCUAUUAAACUUUGCUUUGUUUCUUAAA